GGCUGAGUUGGUUUCUUGAUAUCAUCAGGGGAAAAAAAACAAGAAAAAGGUUAAAACUUUGGUGGAAUGGUUUCUUCAUCUUCAAGAUUGAGGGAGUUGAGGGCAGAUAGAGACAAUGAUGGGUUUCACCAAGAGGACACUCAUCAAGGUUCUUCCCCAAUUGAACAGCAUUGAUCAACAGCUCUCUUCUUCGCCGCUGCGGGGUAUAGAGAUUAGCUGGCCAAGCAAUGUCCGGCAUGUCUCCCACGUCACCUUCGAUAGAUUCAAUGGCUUUCUUGGCCUCCCUGUUGAGUUUGAACCUGAUGUCCCAAGAAAACCCCCCAGUGCCAGUGCAAGAGUGUUUGGUGUUUCGACGGAGUGCAUGCAACUUUCUUUUGACAGCAGAGGGAAUUGCGUGCCUACAAUACUGCUGAUGAUGCAAGGACGCUUAUAUGCGCAGGGUGGCUUGCAGGCCGAGGGCAUUUUCAGAAUCAAUGCCGAAAAUGGGGAAGAAGAGUUUGUUAGGGAGCAGUUGAACAAUGGUAUUGUACCACCCGAUAUCGAUGUUCAUUGCUUAGCAGGUCUCAUUAAGGCUUGGUUUAGAGAACUCCCAAGGGGAGUGCUGGACUCCCUCUCGCCGGAGGAAGUUAUGAGCUCACAAUCAGAGGAAGAAUGUGUUCGUCUCAUGAGGCUCCUCCCGCCCACGGAAGCUUCUCUCUUGGACUGGGCCAUAAACCUCAUGGCCGAUGUCGCGGAAUCUAAAGAACAUAACAAAAUGAAUGCACGCAAUGUGGCCUUGGUUUUCGCUCCAAACAUGACUCAGAUGGCAGACCCAUUGACCGCGCUGAUGUACGCGGUUCAAGUCAUGAAUUUUCUCAAGGUUCUCGUUGAGAGGACCCUGAGAACCCGCGAAGAAACUUUGGUAGAGCCCAACGAUGCGCCAGAACCCCACCCGUUUGAUGAGAACGGGCAUCCGGGCAACGCCCAGCAUCCAUCAACUCAAAUGGGAGAUGACAAUGGUCAAGACGAAGAGCAAAGUCCAGGUGAAGAAUCAAAGCAGCCUGAUGAAGCUAGCAUCAUAACAAGCAUUGUGAGGAUUCGACAACCAACAACCCGAAAAACGAAAAACGGGCAACCCAAUUGCAGUUCAAAUCAUGGUAAGAAGGCUACCAAAAGACUUUGUGAGAGACAAUCUAUGAGAAAUGGAGGGAAGAACAAGGGGGGUAGAAUCAUUGGACGCCCAAAUUAUCACACAGAAAGGGCAGAAAUUUGGCUGUGAAAUGAUCUCAUCAUAUAUUGUGGGUUGGGUUCUUCAAAGGACUUGUAUUUGCUGUACAAAAAGGGAAAAAAUAUGGUGAAUAACUCAAAAAUUACACUAAUUUUCUUCAAUGUUCCCAUAAAGAAAAAAUUUACAUGAACAAGAAAAUUAAGGUGGAGUU